ACCUGCAGGGCUGCUGGAGCACAAACAGCCCAGCUGCAGUACCACGCUAAGGGAAGUUAAGAAGCUUCGAAUAUCCUGUAGGAAAUCUACUGGGAGAAUGAGUCCAAAUGCUUGCUGGCUUUGCAUGACAUUCAGAGCAGAAGAAAAUGGGAUCAUUUCUAAAGUGUCUUUGGAUGAAGUGCUACAGUGGUCCCAGUCUUUUGAAAAACUGAUAAUGAGUAAAUAUGGACCUAUGAUCUACAAGACCUACUUGAAGACAGAGCACAGUGAUGAAAAUAUAGAAUUCUGGCUUGCUUGUGAAGCUUAUAAGAAGAUCACAUCCCAAAGAAAAAGGAUUUAUGUGGCCAGGAAACUUUUUACAAAUUACAUUCAAUCCCAGGCUCCAAAAGAGAUUAACAUUGACAGCCCAGUGAAGAAAUCAAUUGUCAGGAACCUACAGGAAGCAACAGAGUCCUGUUUUGAUGAAGCACAACGAGUAGUUUACAUGCAUAUGGAAAGAGAUUCCUACCCUCGAUUUCUUGAGUCCAAGUUCUAUCAACAGCUCAAACACAGACUCCGAACUGAUAGCAAUAUUCCAUCAGUAUAUUAAAGAGAAGGGCUGAAAACCUCCUUCUCUAGCCAGCAUUUCUAAGACUUAAAGUAAACAA